CAGGAGCAGAGGACCAUGAGUCACCUCAACCCGGGUCUUCUUGCAGCGUACAACAGUCUGACAGACAAGCACCUUGCAGGAUACUUCAGCAACACUCGAAUCAGACGACACCUGCAGAGAGCAGGCCUGAUUACCAGGAGUGGACGCAUUGUUCCGGACAAAGAAUACAGACAUAAGCUGAUCCAGAGAACCCACCAGAGACAUGUCAGAGAAUGUCUGGCACAGGCCAUUUUCCACAAGGUGCUGGAGAUGGAGCGUCUACAUCAAAUAGAGAUCAAACGCAAACUAGAGGAGUUCGCAAGGAGGGAAAGAGUGCAUAAGAUUAAGGUGGAGCGCUCUCGAAGGUAUGAAGAAGACCUUAUCCGCAUCCUGUCUCCUCGGCCGCCCACGGGUGCAAGGGGCCUCCGAAAACAGCACUCUGGACCAGAGGGGGAGCACACCGAGUCUUCAGAGUCUCCAUGCUCAUCUCGACCCAACACUGCUCCAGGGAAGAUGCAAAGGCCGGUGCGUUUGAAACCCAUUCACAGUAACAGUACCACGGCUUCACUCAGACGCAGCUCCCCUUACCGACUCCAUGAGUCGUCCAAUGAGAAUGUGCCGCCAUUCAACUCCACGAUGGACAAAGAGUCGCGGAGGCGUAUGACCACAAUGGAGGCUUGUGGCGUCUCCCCUUACUGCCUCCCAGUCAUCAACAACUUCGUCACCCCGGUGCCUCCCACCACCAAGAGGAGAGAGAGGGGGGUAAAGGUCACUCAGAGCGGCACCCUCAGAGGACGCAGACUGCGCCCCACCACGGCCUCCAGCGGAGCUGACAUCACUGAGGACCCACCCAUGUUGAGGAGUUCUGUGCAUCAGACUAAAGUGUGUGUGAACAUGGUGUAUCUGGGUAAAUCAGUGCACCUCUCUCAUGACUUGGUGGAUAUGAGGGAUGAGGUCAAAGUGUUUCAGCAACACUGUGGAGGAGAGAACCUGUGUGUGUUCAAGGGGAAACUGUGUGAAGGAGAGUUUUUCCAGUUCAUUUCGAGGCGGCACCGAGGAUUCCCCUUCAGCUUGACGUUCUUCCUGAAUGGGCUGCAGGUCGAGCGCCUCAGCUCCUGUUGUGAGUUUAAACACAGGAAAAGUUCACGUCUUGGCGGACGACAUGGACAUUUCGCCUUCUCCGGAAUCGAGGGGGCAUCACCCUGUUACAAGUGCAUAAUAGCAAUGGGACUGGACAAAAAGCCCAUCCCUCCACCUAAGAAGGUCAGAGAGCAUGGAGUUAGAGAGGAGACAGCGUCCAGCCUGAAGGACGUGGCUGAAAUGGAGACAGAGAGGACUGGUGAGGACAGCGCAUCACACUCAGACUGUGAAACGAGUCGACCACAGGACGCAGAGACUCAAAUAAAAGAGGACGCUGCACCGGAGAAGAAUACGAUCCGUGAUGACUAUGAAGAAGACUUUGAGGCAGACGAUGAAGGCCCUGUGGACGAGGAGAAAGAAAAGAAAUCCCCAUCUCUGACUGAUGAAACAGAAAAGAAGGCUGAGAAGCGAGGGACCUCUGAGAGUGAGGAGAGUGAGAAGGAAGAUGACAGAAAGUGUCAUUCGGGCUCCAGCUUCUCAGGCAGCGACAGAGAGGAGAGCGAUGUAGAAGAAACUAAAGACGCAGUCAGAGAUGAAGGAAAGGCAGAGCAGCCUAAAGAUGUACAGCAGCGUGACCAGGAGGAAACUAUCACUCCAGCAGAGGAGAAAAAUGAAGUCAGUCCUGAGGAAGCCCCCGAGUCUGCGGUGACCAAGGGCCCUGAGCUGGUGGACAGUGCAGGAGAAAGCACAGAGAUACCCAUCUGUGACUCCAGCGUCCCCUCAGGAAACGAGAAUAAAGAGAGUAACGCCACAGAAGGAGAGGCCCAGGCCAGGACAGAUGAGCGCAAACAGGAGGAGGAACAGGAGAGGGGUGAGUGUGAUCCCAGAGAUACCACAGGCUUUCCCCAGUGUCCUGUGGCCAAGUCUGUGCAGGAGAAGCUGGCAGAAGCCAUAUUAAAGGAGUCGCAUUGCAGCUCUACGCCUGAGCUUAGUGACACCAGCACCGAGGAAGAGGAGGAGUCAACAAAUAAAGGCCCUGCAGAGGACAAGAAGGAUGCAGUUCUAGAGAAAACAGAUGCAGAACAGCAACUGACCGUUGAAGAAGAGGUAAAGGGUGAAGCUGAAGUGGUAGAAAAUACUGAGUCGAAAGAAGAGGAGGAUGAAACUAAACAAGAACACAGUGAAAACAGUGAGAUUGUUAAGGAUGAGACAGCUAAGACGGAUGAGGUCAAUGAAAAGGCUUCAUCAGAAGGAAAAGAGGAAGAAGCAACAGAGAAGGUUAUAUCAGAGGACAUAGAGGAUUCAGCUGCAGCUUCACAUCCAGUAUCUGAAGAGAAAGUGCCUGAAGAUGACAUGACUUCAGAUCCUCAAGCAGAUGCAGCGGCUAAGUCCGCUGAUGCAGAGGAAACAGCGAAAGAUGAAGAAAAAGGAGAGGAAACUGCAGUGGAGGAUGAUGCGCAGCCCGAGGAGAUGGGGCAGGGGGCAAAAAGUGGUGAAGAGGAUGAGUCAUCGGUAUCAGAGCCCAAUAAGAAGACUGAUGAGACAGCAGCGGCAGACAAUUCAGAGGCGGAGGCGAUGACAGCGAGUGAAACAAUGGAGAUGAAAGUGGAGCCCUCAGAGGAGCGAGAGGCUCUCAGCUGUGAAGAGGCAUCUGUAACCGACACAGGGAGGAAGGGAGACGACGAGGACGCAGGAUCACAAAGACAAGUCACAGCAGACGAAUCAACAGCCGAUGAUGAAAAAACAGCAGGUCAAGGUCAAGAAAACACUAAAGAUGACAACAUUAAAAAUGAUGCUAAAGAGGAGGAAGCGUCUGCAGCAGUGGGCGCUCAGAAAGAGGAUGAUCAUGUAGGACAGGAGAUGACAGAAAAAACAGUAGAAACAGAAGAAAAGGUAGAAGAUGGUAGGGAGGAGGGAAAACAAACAAAUCCAGAUGAGAUGCCGGAAAACAAGGAGGAAGGAGAAAAGGAGGAGAAAGAUUCAACAGAAGAAGUAGAGAAUAAUAAGGAAAUAGAAAAAAAUGAAAAAGAUAAGUCAGAAGAAAAGGAGAAUGAACAAAAAGAAAAGGAUGAGAAAGAUACAACAGAAGAGGUAGGGGAUAAAAAGGAAGGAAAGAAGGAUGGGGAAAGUAAAAUAGAAGUAGAGAAUAAAGAAGGAGAAAAGGAUGAGGAAAGUAAACUAGAAGAAACAGAGAAUAAAGAGGGAGGAGAAAAAGAUAAAACAGAAGUAGAGAAUAAUGAGGAAAUAGAAGAGGAUGAAAAAGAAACAAAAGAUGAAGUAGAGAAUAAAGAGGAAGGAAAAAAGGAUGGGGAGAGAAGGAUAGAAGUAGAGAAUAAAGAGGUAGGAGAUGAAGAUGAAAAAGAUAAAAUGGUUGAGAAUAAUGAGAAAACAGAAAAGGAUGAAAAAGGGAAGUCAGAAGUAGAGAAUGAUCAAAAAGAAAAGGAAGAGAAAGAUACAACGGAGGAAGUAGAGAAUAAAGUGGAAGAAAAGAAGGAUGGAGAAAGUAAAACAGAAGAAACAGAGCACAAAGAGGAAGGAGAAAAAGACGAAACAGAAGUAGAGAAUAACAAGGAAAUAGAAAAGGAUGAAAAAGAUAAAACAGAAGAAAUGAAGAAUGAACAAAAAGAAACAGAUGAGAAAGAUUCGACAGAAGAGGAGAAAAUUAAGCAAAUAGAAAACGAUGAGAAAGACAAGACAGAAGAGGCAGAAAAUAAUGAGAGUAAAGAAGGAAAAACCAUAGAAAAUGCAGAAAAAACUGAUGACGUGACACUGGAUUCAAAUACUGAAGGACAGGAAAAGAAAGAACCAGCUGAGGAGAAAACUCUGAAUGAGGAAGAUGAGGGUGCAAAUAAAAAGAUAGAAGAAGAAGAACCAGAAAAGACAGAGAAAGGCAACAGCGAAGAGGAAGAAUGUGUCACAAGUAAAGACGAAGGGAAGGAAUCUGAGCAACAGGGAGUCACAACUGAUAGAAAUAAUGAGAGUGAAGAAACGAACGACACAAAGGUUGAUGAAACAGAAAAGAUGGAGGAGGAGGGUAAGACCAAAGCCGGCGGGAAAGAUGGCGAAGAGUCUGAAGAGAAGAAAAUAACUGAUGAAACAGUGGAGGAAGAAAAAAUAUUACAGAUUACAGAGGAACCUGAUGAGACCGCAGGCAAAGAUGAUGCGAAAACAGCCGAUGAAAAUGAAAAUGUGAAAUCAGAGGACAGAGGUGACGAAAACACGGCUCAGACAUCGGAAGAGACGCCAAACAAAGGCACAGAGUCCGAAGAAGUUGAAGGCGUUGAAAAAGGAGAGGUCGACGCUGAAAAUGGGGAGGUAUCUGUCGUUACGGAGAUGAAAAUAAACAACAAGAUAACAGCGGAAGAGAGUGAUGAGAAGGAGAAACAAACAGAAGAAGGGGAGAGUAAAGAGGUAAAAGAUGGACGUGAAAAUGACGAGAGUGAUCGGACCCCUGAGGCUGGACUUAAGGAAGGGAGUGAAAAGGUGGAAAAAGUAGAUGAAGUGAAUAAAAAGGAUGCAGAAAUAAAAGAGGCGACUAUCUUAGAUCAGGAACAAAUCUCAAAAACCGGAGUCAAUGAUGUGGAUGAUUCUGCAAAUAAACCCGAUGAGGAAAACAAGGAGUCGACCACAUCUGACAAACAACCACACACUGAAGAACGUGUGGACGCUGUUGACGUCUUUGCCGUGGACGGAGACAACGGAGACACGGAGGAGGCGAGUAAGGCCUCAGAGGAAGGAGCGAGUAUCCUCCUCAAACCUCAGCCGAAGUCACAGGAAACGCACAAUGACUCGGAUAACGCCGACCCCUUACACAGUCCAGACAGCUUAGCAAGGGAGGACAGCACAGACCUGGUCUCAAACUGGGUCACCACACAUCGAAAGUCCAAGUUUUUCGAGACGUUCGUCGAACCUUUAGAAGAUCUGACAUCAGACAUCGAAGUAUCAAGCCCUGUUGGAGAAGAAGCGAAACCCUCAGACAGCGAGAGAUCAGAGAGUCCAGUGAAAAAGGUGAAGGUUUCUGAUGGAGGGAAAGAGGAAAUGUCAAGAGAUGUGAGCGAGUGUAGGGACCGAUCCAAAGACAAGGAAUCUGGGAGUAACCCCUCCGAAGAGGAGAGUGGUCUCAUCAAAGACAAGGAGAGUGACAAAGCAGAAAUAGAUAGUGAACAAAAGACUGAGGAGGUUGUAGAAAAGGAGGAGGAGAGGUCAGAUGAGCAGAAAGGAGAUGAGUCGACUGAGGAGGAAAAGGCUCAAGAAGGUCUGAUGCAGAUGGAGUCGAAAGAUUCCUCCAAAACCAAAGUGGAAAGUAUCGCAGGAAGUCGUCAUUCAGUCAGGAGUGGAAGACAUGAGACAGAAAAUGAACCGAGAACCGAUGGAGAUGAGAAGGAAAAAGAGGAGAAAACUACCGGCAGUGGUCCAGAUGUUAACGUCACGCAAACACAGACUGAAGAUGUGCUGCCUUCGUCCAAAACAGAAGAGCAUCAUGGGAGUCCAGAACCGACUUCUCUUGACAUGAAUCCAGGUGAGAUGAAAAAUACCGAAGAAGAGGAGAAAGAUGAAACAAGGGGGGAUGAAAGCAGAGAAGAGACAGAGAUAACCGAUUUGAUGACGUCCAAGUCAGGAGACAGAAGCUCAGAGGAGACUCCCAACGGAGACCGAAAACCAUCAGACCAGAGCGUCAACCCGGACCCAAGGGAUGUCCGGUUGAUCCAAGACAUCAAACACACUCUGAGUAAAGACCGUCUGAGCACGUUUUCGGUGGAUCAUGAGACGUUGUUCGGUCGCAGCUCGUACCCUUUACUGACCACAGCGAGGACUGAGAGUGGACAUUAG